AUGAAGCCCAAAUCAAAGAAAAAUGUCAAGCCAUCAAGUGAACCCACACCUACACCUGCUCCUUCUCCUUCGAUAUCCUCUACUGUACCUACAUCAUCAUCCCCUAUUCCUGCUGCUCUCACCAUCUCCACCUCCACUGCACCCCCACUUCCAAAACCACCCACGCACGCACCCGCGCCUAUUGCAAAAAAUGCCUCUAAGUCAACCAAGGUCAAGGCUACUCCAAGAAAAUCUAUCAAGAAAGAGCCUGAUGCUGCUACUCAGGUAGACACGAUGGUCAAGGAAUCUGUUGUUCAGGGGGAAUUCGUGCGUGUCACGGCUAAUCGUCAUGAGGAGCAUAAAGCUCAAGACAUAGCUAAUGAAGAAGAAAAUAGUGAGAAUGAGGGAGCAUCCAGAGAUGAGAAGGAGAGUGAUAUGGAUGAUAAGGUAGGGGAACAAGUAAAUGAUUCUAUAGAAGAAAAAAAUCAUAGUGAAGAUGAGGCCAAUUCUGAGAGUGAGGGUGAGGAUCAAGAAAAAGUAAGUGAGAGUGAAGGAGCGGAUGAACAGAGUGAGUAA